AUGGAAAAAGUUAACCAACAUCAAAAGGAUAAGAAAAAAAAUAAUGGAAAUAAACAUUCGUCCCAAAUUAAUUUAAAGGAAUCCUCGCUUAACAAAAUACUUAACAUACAGCAGGAGACAUUAAACGAAGAAAGUCAUUCGGAAACCUGCAACAAAAAGAAAACUUUUACUCCAAAUCGAAGUAAUGAUGUGGAAGUCAAUAGACAGGAAAUUACUUUUCUCAAUCAAAAUGAUGUUUUGGAGACGAUAUAUUUGGCAUCGGAUGAAAUGUUGGAAUCGAUACAAUUCGAAGAUUCUACUGUAGAAAUUGUUGGAUUUAUCGAUGAAAUUGACGGUCCGAAGAUAGUUGGUAAAUCCCAACAUUAUAGAUUGUUAAAAUUUUGGUGA